CAACUCUUUCAAAUCCAUUUGGAAUCCAUAAGCAACUAUUUAAAAUCCAUUUGGAAUCCAUAAGCAACUCUUUAAAAUCUUUCUGAAUACUAAUAGUAACAACAGUUUAUCCCAGUAAAGUGAUCACUUCAUUUUAGGGAACUGCUGGCCUUAUUUAUGAACUCAAACCUUUCCCCAACGAUGAACCAGAGCCAGACACCCAUCGUGACCUCCAUCUCCCCCCAGUCAGGGCAUGGUUCUGGGGACUCGGGCGCUGUCUCUGGAGGGGGUAGCUCCGGGGGUGGGGGUUUGUGGGUGACCUCUCUCCUCGGCGCUACCCUCCUAAUCAUGCUCGCCAUGGGCGUGGCGGGCAACAUCUACACCCUCUUCAUCAUGCGUUCCGCGGCUCUCCGCCGAUCCGGCUCUAUGUACGUCUAUAUACUCAACCUUGCCCUCGCCGACCUCCUCUACCUCUCUACGAUCCCAUUCGUCAUCUGCACCUACUUUGCUCACGAUUGGUUGUUCGGCGAGGCCGGUUGCCGGGUCCUCCUGAGUUUCGAUCUCCUCACCAUGCACGCCAGCAUCUUUGUCCUGGUCGCCAUGUCGUUGGAGCGCUACCGGGCCGUGGCGAAGCCGUUUGACGCCCGGCGAUCCAGCACGCGGGGACGGAAGGUUGUGGCGGCUGUCAUCUGGUUCGCGGCGUUUGUCCUGACACUACCCAUGAUGAUUAUGAUACGGCUGAGGGAAGGGAAGUCAAACGCGGCCGGGAACGUCAAGCGGAUCUGUUACCCGACGUGGACCCAAGAGGCCUUCAAGGCCUACCUCACCGUCCUGUUCCUGACCAGCGUCCUCGUACCCGGUUUAGUCAUUGUUGGUCUCUACGCUGGCCUAGCACGUCGCUAUUGGACCGCUCAGGCUAGCUUGGGAGGAAGCAGCCGUUCAGCGAGAAGACGAGGCUUAAAACAAAAGGUAGUAACAAUGAUUUUUUGUAUCAUUGUAGCGUACUGGGUGUGUUUCCUGCCUUUCUGGGGGUGGCAGUUGGCACAGUUAUUUUCCCCGCAGUCCCUCAGGGCUCUGUCUCCUGCCACUCACAGUUACAUGAAUUACUUUGUAACGUGUCUGACCUAUGGGAAUAGCUGUAUUAAUCCUCUGUUGUACACCCUCCUGACCCGGAACUAUAAGGACUAUCUGGCUCAGAAGGGUCAGAGCACAGGGUCAAGUAGGGGAGACCCGGCAGCCGGAGCACCCCUACAGGAUCUAUAAUCAGAGUAGAGAUGACCUGGGGUCAGCAGCCGGAGCACCCCUACAGGAUCUAUAAUCAGAGUAGAGUUGACCUGGGGUCAGCAGCCGGAGCACCCCUACAGGAUCUAUAAUCAGAGUAGAGGUGACCUGGGGUCAGCAGCCGGAGCACCCCUACAGGAUCUAUAAUCAGAGUAGAGGUGACCUGGGGUCAGCAGCCGGAGCACCCCUACAGGAUCUAUAAUCAGAGUAGAGGUGAC